AUGGCGGGGCCCCCGGCCCUACCCCCGCCGGAGACGGCGGCGGCCGCCACCACGGCCGCGGCCGCCGCCUCGUCGUCCGCCGCUUCCCCGCACUACCAAGAGUGGAUUCUGGACACCAUCGACUCGCUGCGCUCGCGCAAGGCGCGGCCGGACCUGGAGCGCAUCUGCCGGAUGGUGCGGCGGCGGCACGGCCCGGAGCCGGAGCGCACGCGCGCCGAGCUCGAGAAACUGAUCCAGCAGCGCGCCGUGCUCCGGGUCAGCUACAAGGGGAGCAUCUCGUACCGCAACGCGGCGCGCGUCCAGCCGCCCCGGCGCGGAGCCACCCCGCCGGCCCCGCCGCGCGCCCCCCGCGGGGGCCCCGCCGCCGCCGCCGCCGCGCCGCCGCCCACGCCCGCCCCGCCGCCGCCGCCGCCCGCGCCCGUCGCCGCCGCCGCCGCCGCCCCGGCCCGGGCGCCCCGCGCGGCCGCCGCCGCCGCUGCCGCCACAGCGCCCCCCUCGCCCGGCCCCGCGCAGCCGGGCCCCCGCGCGCAGCGGGCCGCGCCCCUGGCCGCGCCGCCGCCCGCGCCCGCCGCUUCCCCGGCGGCGGCGCCCCCGGCCGGCCCGCGCCGCGCCCCCCCGCCCGCCGCCGCCGUCGCCGCCCGGGAGUCGCCGCUGCCGCCGCCGCCACAGCCGCCGGCGCCGCCACAGCAGCAGCAGCCGCCGCCGCCGCCGCCGCCGCAGCAGCAGCCACAGCCGCCGCCGCCGCCGGAGGGGGGCGCGGCGCGGGCCGGCGGCCCGGCGCGGCCCGUGAGCCUGCGGGAAGUCGUGCGCUACCUCGGGGGUAGCAGCGGCGCUGGCGGCCGCCUGACCCGCGGCCGCGUGCAGGGUCUGCUGGAGGAGGAGGCGGCGGCGCGGGGCCGCCUGGAGCGCACCCGUCUCGGAGCGCUUGCGCUGCCCCGCGGGGACAGGCCCGGACGGGCGCCACCGGCCGCCAGCGCCCGCGCGGCGCGGAACAAGAGAGCUGGCGAGGAGCGAGUGCUUGAAAAGGAGGAGGAGGAGGAGGAGGAGGAAGACGACGAGGACGACGACGACGACGUCGUGUCCGAGGGCUCGGAGGUGCCCGAGAGCGACCGUCCCGCGGGCGCGCAGCAUCACCAGCUGAAUGGCGGCGAGCGCGGCCCGCAGACCGCCAAGGAGCGGGCCAAGGAGUGGUCGCUGUGCGGCCCCCACCCGGGCCAGGAGGAAGGGCGGGGGCCGGCCGCCGGCAGUGGCACCCGCCAGGUGUUCUCCAUGGCGGCCUUGAGUAAGGAGGGGGGAUCAGCCUCUUCGACCACCGGGCCUGACUCCCCGUCCCCGGUGCCUUUGCCCCCCGGGAAGCCAGCCCUCCCAGGAGCCGACGGGACCCCCUUUGGCUGCCCUGCCGGGCGCAAAGAGAAGCCGGCAGACCCCGUGGAGUGGACGGUCAUGGACGUCGUGGAGUACUUCACCGAGGCGGGCUUCCCUGAGCAAGCCACGGCUUUCCAAGAGCAGGAGAUCGACGGCAAGUCCCUGCUGCUCAUGCAACGCACCGAUGUCCUCACCGGCCUGUCCAUCCGCCUGGGGCCAGCGUUGAAAAUCUAUGAGCACCAUAUCAAGGUGCUGCAGCAGGGUCACUUCGAGGACGAUGACCCGGAAGGCUUCCUGGGCUGAGCACCGAGCCGCCGCGCCUCUUGUCCCCACCCCCACCCCGCCUGGGACCCAUUCCUGCCUCCAUGUCACCCAAGGUGCCCCAGAGGCCAGGAGCUGGACCUGGCAGGCGAGGGGUGCGGACCUACCCUGAUUCUGGUAGGGGGCGGGGCCUUGCUGUGCUCAUCGCUGCCCCCCACCCCCACCCCGUGUGUGUCUCUGCACCUGCCCCCAGCACACCCUCCCGGAGCCUGCCGGGAUGUGGCCUGGGACUCUGGCCUGUUCAUUUCGCCCCCAGGAGGUCAGCCCCCUCCCUCCCUCCCUCCCUCCUGUCCCAGGACAUUUUUAAAAAAAAAGGAAAAAAAAAUUGGGGGGGCUGGGGAGAUGCCCCAAGAUCCUCCUCGGCCCAACCAGGUGUUUAUUCCUAUAUAUAUAUAUGUUUUGUUCUGCCUGUUUUUCGUUUUUUGGUGCGUGGCCUUUCUUCCCUCCCACCACCACUCAUGGCCCCGGCCCUGCUCUCCCCGUCGGAGGGGAGCAGCUAGGGGUGGGGGGAGGGUGGGUCAUUGGGUCUGUCUCCUCCCUCUCCCGUUGGUUCUGUUGUCGCUCCAGCUGGCUGUAUUGCUUUUUAAUAUUGCACCGAGGGUUUUUUUUUUUUA